GAUAUGUCUGGCCCGUUUAGCUUUUCUCUAGCUACUAACUGCGAGAAUCAGGGAACGGGCGUUUCCAAUCCAACGCUUUCUACCAUCGGUCAGCGAAACUAUUACUCCAUGGGCGCUACCUCUCCAUCCUCUUUGCAAUCAUCCCACACUGGCAUCAACGACGUUUUCUCCUCCAGCUCUGUUUUGCCAAAUGGAUCAAUUCCUCAUCCAAAUGCGGGCGGUCUCCCCAACGGGUUUCCUUAUUCUGUUUCAUGUGUUGGAGGUGCAUCGAAUAUUGGAACAGCGAUGGCAGUUUCUCUUGCCACAUUGACCAGUAGUACAGAUCAGGUCCCAGAAGGGAUGAUGGGAAUUAUGUAUGACCAAGACUUUCAGGAGUUUGUAUAUGCUAGCAACGCCUCAGCUACAAUACCCUCAACGCUACAGAUGGCGAGCACAGGAGCCACUCCCACUCCAGAUCCAUCUAACACUAACAAUACAACAACACCCAUUCAACUUACGAACAAUAACCAGGAGUAUCUUCUUCCUGAAUUAUUGGUAGACGAUGCCCUCCAUUUAAUGGACGUCACUGGGGAAGGCUCAAACCGGUUUCUUCCAUCGGUUAAUUUGCAAUUACGAUCAGGAGAAAAACGAGAGGAAAUGAUUAGCGAUUCAGCUGUAUCUUCGCUAGGUCCAGAUCGCGUACAGUCGUUGUCCGAAGCUGAGUGGAUUGACACCUGUUCUGAAAAUUCAUCCAAUCAUGGCGAGCAAGACACUUCUAGCUAUGCAGUUGACGCUAAUGAUCAUUCUCGCCACCUAGUGUCAGAAGUACAAGAAUGUCCUGUCCCAUUGCAAUAUUCGAAUAACCAGCACCUCUUGGUGGCAGAGAAAAAAUACAGAUUGUUCGGUAGAAGACCGCUAAGCUACCAGAGCGCGGCAGGACAAGAAGAUUUCGUCGAAACCGGACAAUUAACUCAACCUGUGCUUGAAUCACAUUAUUUUAACCUACCAGAUCAAGGAAACAACUACUUACCAAAUACAUUUGCAUAUCAAAACUUGGAUAGUUUUCCAACGGUGGGUAAUCAAAAUUAUUGUGGAAACGCUCUGUCAAGUGGGGCCAACAACGCCGUUUACGUCGAUUCAUUUCAUCGUAGCAAUUACUACCAUCUUCCAAUAGAUAGCAACAAUUCGUUCCAGAAAAACAACCCUCGUAACAUUAACGAAAACAAACAAGAUGAAGCGACUAGUAGAGAUGAAAAGAGAGCGAAAGCGUUAAAACUCCCCAUUACAAUCGAAGACAUCAUCAACUUACCUAUAGACGAAUUCAAUGAAAAACUUUCGAAGUAUGAGCUAACCGAAGCCCAGUUAUCUUUAAUACGAGACAUAAGGAGACGAGGAAAGAACAAGGUGGCAGCACAAAAUUGUCGGAAAAGAAAACUUGAUCAGAUUAUUGGACUUCAGAAGGAGCUGGAAAUACUACAGACGGAUAAAAUUCAUUUACAAUCCGAAAGAGAGCGUCUGUUAACUGAUCGAAAUCAGUUACAUGAAAAAUAUACACAACUAUAUCAAGUUGUACUUCAGAACACACAGCGCCAUCCUGCGGCCAGUUUAUAUACAACACAACAUUCUCAUGUUAUUAUUGGUUCUGCAAUAAAGUCAGGAGCAGAAGUUCCCAGAGGAAUAGACAGAGGACAGUACAGCAGAGAAAAUAUUUUCAACAUAAACAUCCAGCAAUCAGAUGAAAACAAUAUUCAAGACACAUAACAAUACUGUAAAGUACCCUCUUCAUGCUCGUCAAAUUACACUAUUGAAGGUAAUUUCGCUAGUUGAUUAUAGGCUAGUUCUUGAAAACGAAUCCACCGUCAAUAGAAAAAAGGGAGAUAUUUUUCGGAAUAGUGUUUGAAACAAGAUAGGAUAGAACAAUUUCAGCGUGAUACCACGUACAAUUAUCAAAUAUUCAAACUCUAAGUAACGUCAGACAGACAAUGUGAAGUAAUGGACAAGAAGCGCUAUCAAGUCUUGAAAAAAAUAGGAAUACUUGUUUAAAUUAGACAGUUAAUAAAUAAACACGUCCAUAUAAAGAAUAAUAAAGAAAAUCAAAAGUGCACGAAGAUAGAUUUGGCAUAUGCAAAUGUUACAAGCUAUAGCUUUAUAUAUAUAUACAUCCUCAAUAUAUAUAUAUUGAGGAUGUAAUUUUGUUUCAUACAGCUUUCACAUAACUUCUGCCCUAUGAUUCUAAUUGAAAAACUGCAAUAAUAUCAUUAACAAAAAUGUUGAAAACGGGUAUGUUACAAUGUGUGGUUCAUUUUUCAUCAUGUUAUAUUUCAACUUGUACUAGAAUUAGACGUCUAAUUAUAUCAAUAUAUCAAAUAAGAAAAUGGGAUGAAAGUUAUACCGCAUGAAUUAAACUCAUUAAGAAGUAUUAACUCUAACCUAACUUGUUUCGGAGUUGUCGAAACAUACUAGGUUUACAGAGGUUAAUAAAC